UAUUCUUCGGGAAAGACUCCAAAUCCGGACUUGAAAGUGAAUUGCAUUGCCACCGGUCAUUACGCCGGAACUUCUUAUGGAGAUUUGUGGCAAUACUAUGACAACGAUAUACCCGUUCGCCUCUUGAGGCCUAAGGAUAAGAUCAAAGACCAGACAUUGUUUUUGUCACAAAUUAGCCAAAAAUCCCUGAAGAAAGUGAUGUUUCCUUUACAACAUUUACUCAAAUCUGAAGUCAAAUCAAUUGCUUUAAGAAAUGGUUUCGAAAAAAUAGCUAAAAGACGAGAGGUU